UCAAAUUAUUAGCAAAAUUUCUUUUUUCAUUGGGUCUGCGAGAAUCUCCACCUCUUAACAUUAUUCUCCAACUUGCUGAUGUCUCCAAUUCAGAUGCAGCAUUAAGAAGCAAGGCUUUAAAAUAUUUCAUGGAUAAUUUUAAAGAUAAAUACUCUUCUGUGUAUAAAGCUGAGGAAGUAAAAGUGUCAUUUUUGCCAUGUACCGACCCCAAAAUAUAUGCGACGCCAAUGGGUUGUUUCUCCAGUCAAGAAUGCACAAUAAUGAACUUUAAUGCAUUGCACCAAGAUUUACGCUUUCGAGCUGAUGAAUUGGGUAUUCGACAACAUCCAAACCGUGAGCAACUAUUGAACAGAUUAAUUCAAAAUCCACCUGAAAACGAGCAAAGGGCUAAAGAGAUUUUUGGUUAUUUGGCAUCUCGUUUGGGCGAUUUUAAUCAAACAGAUUGGUCCUCGCUUAGAGAUCUUCAUUUUAUUCCGAUCAGAGACAAGACCCAAACUAGCUUGGCAAAAUAUGUCACACCGAGAGAUUGUUUUUUCAAGGGCCAUGAUGAAAC